GCGCAUUCUCACACACACACAAUACAGGCGACUUGUCCUCGGCGCCUCCGCACCCCAUUUCCCUUUUUACGCCUACUUGACCCGGCAGCGUUCGGUGACGAAAAAAAAAACCCAAUCGCCUCCGCCCCCUCCCCUACUCCGGGCGCAGCCGCCGACGUCGCCACGCGCAUUCCGCCGCGCCAAUCGGGUACACGAGCAGGGCGGGGGAUGACGUCGUCGGCGUCCGCGCCGGCGUCCAAUGGACCGCGCUACGCGCCGCCGGAUCCAACGCUGCCCAAGCCGUGGAGGGGGCUCAUCGACGGCAACACGGGGUACCUCUACUUCUGGAACCCUGAGACCAAGGUUACGCAGUACGAGCGCCCCGUCGCGGCCGUGCCCAACUCCCCGCCGCAGCCGCCUGGCUACUCCAGGCCCGAGGAGAGGCCGAGAAGCAGCACACCUUCCGAGGUAACAACUAAGAGCAUCUCCAACAAAUCUCAAAAUUAUUUAUUCCAAUACAUGAGCAUUGGGAGCCCCCUAAGAUUUAAAUUCCUGAAAAAAGUGUCAAUACUUCAACAACUCUCAAUAUUUUCGAAAAACCUAAAAUGAAUCUGUUGUUGAGCCCACAAAACCUGUCUGUCGAUCAUACCUGUCACACUGUUUUUCUGCGUCACCCAUCCUUCGUUCCUCCCUGCGCCGCCGAUCUGCUUCAUGUGUUGGCGCAAGCUUCAGACGUGAUCUGCUCCUCGCCUCAGGUUGCCUCCGUUGACGUGUGGGAGCAGCUGCAGGUACUCAUCUCUCCGACAGUGCUGUCAAUCUAUCAAAACAGUGCUGCAGUAGAAAAUCAUGAUAUAAAGCAAAUUCAGUACCGCCAACAUACAACGGACCAGUUCUCCAAAACAGAACUAACUGAAGGUUGAAAAAUGAACAACCUGUCCAAGUUAGCUGAAACAAAUAGCUUCAGCACUGAAACAAUAGACUGAAACAAAUAGCUUCCAGCUAACAGAAUUUUGCAGGUGCCAAGGUGGAUGUAACCCAGCCUUCAGUAGUUCAACAGAAUAUAAAUCAAGCUGUUGGUCAACAAUCAUCAUCUGGUACAGGAUACAAGGAAAGGACCAUCACAUUCCAUUUAAUAUGUCUGCAUUUUCUUAAUUAGAACACCACAUCAUCUUGGUGCGAUGAAGAAGUGCAUGCCAGUGCCAUAUGCGGAACUUGUCAUGGACUUGCAAAUCUUGGAAGGCCAUUACCUCGAAAUCAUCAGCCGCCGUAGAUGAAUUUUGUGUCACUGUCGCCAAAGAAGCUUUUGUCGGCGAUUCACCAUUUGCGGGAUCCAUCGAUGUUGAGCGUUUGCGGGAAGAGAGCACCAGCCGCCUCAACAGGGCGUCGUCCUCCACAACCCACACAAAAUCAAGUCAGCAGGUUCUGGCGGAGGCGCGAAACGGAAAAUAGUGUGGCAAUAAGAAAACCGGCAGGUGAUUGGGAGCUCAGUGCGCGGCGAAGGUUUGCGCUGCGGAUGAGCGGAGCUCGGAAACCACGGUGAGCCGCCCGCAGUAUGCACCUCUCUCGGAUAACAGGGCAAGGAAUGACCACUCGGAGCCACAUUAUGCAUCUGGAGUGAACCUUUCACAAAGUGCUCCUUCCACUAAUCAAGUUUCUCAGGCUGCCAGUGGAAACCAAAUGUCGACAGAAGCAUAUCGUGCUAAGCAUGAGAUUACCAUCAUCGGCAACGAGUCACCUGCACCAUUCAUGACAUUUCAGUCCACAUGCUUCCCAUCAGAUAUUCUAAGGGAGGUUCUGCAAGCAGGAUUCUCUGCACCAACUCCUAUCCAAGCUCAGUCAUGGCCAAUUGCUAUGAAGGGUAGGGAUAUAGUAGCUGUGGCAAAGACAGGUUCAGGAAAAACACUGGGCUAUCUCCUCCCAGGGUUUAUUCUUCUGAAGCGCCUGCAUCAUAAUUCAAGGGAAGGUCCAACAGUAUUAGUUUUGUCCCCAACCAGGGAAUUGGCAACACAAAUUCAAGAUGAAGCAAUCAAGUUUGGCAGAUCUUCAAGAAUAUCUUCUACUUGCUUAUAUGGAGGUGCUCCAAAAGGUCCUCAGCUAAGGGAGUUGGAGCGUGGUGCCGAUGUUGUUGUUGCAACUCCUGGGAGAUUGAACGACAUUUUGGAAAUGAAUAAAGUGAGCCUGCGCCAAGUAUCAUAUCUUGUCCUUGAUGAAGCUGACCGUAUGCUUGAUAUGGGAUUUGAGCCACAAAUAAGAAAAAUUGUGAAACAAAUACCACCUAGACGGCAAACUCUUAUGUACACUGCCACAUGGCCAAAAGAGGUUAGAAAAAUAGCGUCGGAUUUACUGAAUAACCCAGUUCAAGUUAACAUUGGAAACACUGAUCAGCUGGUUGCAAAUAAAUCAAUUACUCAGCAUGUGGAAGUUAUCCCACAUAUGGAGAAAUCAAGACGACUUGAUCAGAUCUUGCGUUCACAAGAUCCUGGAUCAAAAAUCAUAAUAUUUUGCUCCACCAAGAGGAUGUGUGAUCAGUUGGCUAGAAACCUAUCACGGCAGUAUGGUGCUUCUGCUAUUCAUGGUGAUAAAUCACAGGCUGAGAGGGAUUCUGUGUUGAAUGACUUCCGAAGCGGCAGGUGUCCAGUACUCGUAGCCACUGAUGUGGCCGCUCGAGGCUUGGACAUAAAGGACAUCAGGAUCGUGGUUAAUUAUGAUUUCCCAACUGGUGUGGAGGACUAUGUCCAUCGAAUUGGGAGAACAGGUAGGGCUGGCGCAACAGGAUCUGCCUACACAUUCUUUGGUGACCAGGAUUCAAAGUACGCUUCAGAACUUGUGAAGAUUUUGGAGGGUGCAAACCAGUCUGUGCCACCACAAUUAAAAGAAAUGGCCCUUCGUGGAGGAUAUGGUGGAAGAUCACGUCGAUGGGCAUCUUCUGAUGACUCUUAUGGUAGUCAGGGAUAUGGUGCUAAAAGAUCAACUGAUAGUUUCAAGAACAGCAGCUUCGGCAACCAGGCCGGGGGUGGUUCAAGCUUUCACUCGAGCUUCCAUAACAGCUCUAGUGGCAAUCAGUUCGGUGAUACUACAAGCUUUCAUGCCAGCUAUGGUAACAGCAGCCAGAACAAUCAGACGGGUGACAAUCCGAGCUUCCCACCCAGCUCCAGCAACAAUCAGUCCGGGGAUGGUCUCAGUUUUCAUGAAAGGUUCUAUGGAUCACGCGGAAGGGACGAGAGCAGAUCAAACAAUGAUGGAUUCCGUGCUAGGAGCAGAAGUCCUGGCAAGCCUGUGGAAGUUUCCAACUGGUGAUUGCAUCCACUAGGUGCAAUCCAAUUUUUGCGAUGGUGACGAAACCAAGUAAAAGAUGGUACCUCGACAAGUUAUAUUUUCCUCUUAUCCUGCUUAAAUCUAAGGAUGUCCUGGAACAUCACUAACUUAGGAUAUGGGUGAUGGUCUGAUCCCAAUGGACAAUGGUCUCCUACUUUCUUGAUUUGACGCCUGAGAGACGCCUGAUUCCAUACCAUAUGCCUGUGGUUGUAGUUUGUAAAAUGUUAAAAACUUGACUUUGCUAGUAUAUUUCCUAAUGCUAUAACCCAAUCCUGGGUAAACAGACGCAUGGGGAUGAAUUUUGGACGGAACCAUGGACAUUUGAUGUAUGUGUUUAAUGUUGUGUACAAUCUAUGUCGAAUUCUGUUGUAAGUGCCGUCCGCAUCGUUUUAUAUCUUUGUGCCCGUUA